AUGGUCGACACAAUUCCGGACGUCGCGGACACCAAGUCGCGCAAGAGCGAUGUUGAACAUAUCGAGCAAGAUCUCCAAAAACCGCAGCUUUUGCAGGAAGACGGCCAGCCAGAAUUCCCAGAGAUCUAUCUUGAAGCCCUGGCACGGUACCCAAAUGACGAAUCAAUUGAUCAAGCCGAUGAGAAGCGUCUUCUCCGCAAACUCGACAUGCGGAUCUUGCCACUUCUUGGAAUCUGCUACUUUUUCUACUACGUCGACAAGACUACUCUAUCUUACGCAGCGAUUUUCGGGUUAAAGGACGGUCUCAACCUGAAAGGUGAAGAAUAUUCAUGGCUUUCCAGUUGCUUCUACUUCGGCUGGCUCGUCUGGGCUAUCCCGUCCAACCUUAUUAUGCAGCGCUGCCGCCCAGCUUGGUAUCUCUCUUUCAACAUCUUCAUGUGGGGUGCCCUUCUUAUGGCCCAGGCCGCGGCUAAGAACUUCGGCGGUCUUCUCGCCCUCCGCGUACUUUCCGGUGCCUUCGAGGCCAUCGCAGAUCCUGCUUUCAUGUUGAUCACAUCGAUGUACUACACCCGAUCUGAGCAGCCCUCCCGGAUCUCAGCGUGGUAUGCUUGGAAUGGAAUUGGUGUUGCGGGUGGCGGUCUCAUUGGUAAGUUUGGACGAUUCUCACGCUGUACAUCGUGCUCUCUUAAUAACUUUUCACUGACGAUAUUCGUUCUAGGAUACGGUAUUGGACACAUUAAAGGCGCCCUGGAGUCGUGGCGCUACGAGUUCCUUGUUGUCGGUGCUUUCUGUGCGUUCUGGGCACUCAUUCUCGCUCUCUGCCUCCCCAACUCUCCGCGAACCAUCUGGGGCUUCAGUCACGAAGAAAAACUCAUCAUGAUUGCUCGCAUGCGUCGCAAUCAAACGGGCAUUGAACAGCGCCGUAUCAAUUGGGGACAAAUCAAGGAGGCUUAUAUGGAUUACAAAACUUGGCUUUUCACCUUGUUAGGCUUCGUCUCCAACGUUCCUAACGGUGGCAUCUCCAACUUCUCCACACUUGUCAUCAAGGGUCUUGGCUUUGGGACGCUUGAGACGGCGCUGCUUGGCAUCCCGCAAGGCGCUCUUGUGGUAAUCUGGAUUGGUCUUGGUGCCUUGGCGAACAGGUAUAUGCCGGCCAACAGUCGUACAUUGGUUUGUGCUCUUUUCAUGCUGCCAACCAUUUGUGGUGCCUUGGGAUUCCUUCUUGCACCAGCCAAUGCCUACAUCGGCCGUCUCAUUUGCUUCUAUCUUACUGGUUCAUACCAGGCGUCCUUCGUCAUCUCUCUCUCCCUCAUCACAUCGAACACUGGCGGUCAGUCCAAGAAGAUGAUUGUCUCCGGCAUGAUUUGGUUCGGCGCUUGCAUCGGCAAUAUUGCAAGCCCGUUUUUUUACAAGACGAAUCAGGCACCCUCGUAUCACCUUGGUAUUGGUUCGCUCUUGGUUGCAAAUUGCAUUGAGCUUGCCCUUUUCUUUGUCUUUCGGUAUGCCUUUAUCUGGGAGAACAAGCGCAAAGAAAAGCAAAGAGAGACUUUGCGUGCAAAUGGCAACUAUACCGCCGACGAGCUCAAUGCCACAGCAUUUACAGACAUGACUGACAAAGAGAAUCCCAACUUCAUAUACGUAUAUUGA